UGAGGCUUCUCUGAUAAUAGGUGUGAAGAGACCUCCAGAGGAAAAAUUAAUCCCUAGAAAGAACUAUGCCUUCUUCUCUCACACUAUUAAAGCCCAAGAGGCAAACAUGCCCCUUUUGGAUGAGAUUUUAAGACAGGAAUGAUCAACAUUCUACACGGAUUGGGUUUACGAUUUUUAGCCCUGGGACAUCACACUCCCUUCAUGCACAUUGGGAUGGCACACAACUACAGGAAUAGCAGUCAGGCUGUGCAGGCAGUACGGGAUGCUGGAUAUGAAAUAUCACUGGGAUUGAUGCCAAAGUCAGUGGGGCCCUUAACAUUUGUGUUUACAGGCACUGGUAAUGUUUCUAAGGGUGCUCAAGAAAUGUUCAAUGCCCUCCCAUGUGAGUUUGUGGAACCACAUGAAUUAAAGGAAGUUUCCAGAUCUGGAGACCUCAGAAAAGUCUAUGGGACAGUGUUAAGUCGUCACCAUCAUCUUGUAAGGAAACGUGAUGGAAUAUAUGAUCCAGUAGACUAUGAAAAACAUCCAGAAAAUUACACUUCUCGCUUUCAUAUUGAUGUUGCACCCUACACAACUUGUUUAAUUAAUGGCAUAUACUGGGAGCAACAUACUCCUCGCUUGCUAAGUCGACAGGAUGCUCAGAAGCUGCUGGUGCCAGUUAUAUCUGCUGAUGGUUCAACAGAGGGCUGUCCUGAGUUACCACACAAACUUCUGGCAAUAUGUGACAUUUCAGCAGACACUGGAGGAUCUAUAGAAUUUAUGACAGAGUGUACAACAAUUGAGAAUCCAUUUUGUAUGUAUGAUGCUGACCAGCAUAUCACUCAUGACAGUGUUGAAGGCUCGGGGAUUCUAAUGUGUUCCAUUGACAAUCUGCCAGCUCAGCUUCCUAUAGAAGCAACAGAGUACUUUGGCGAUAUGCUUUUCCCAUAUAUUGAAGAGAUGCUGUCAUCAGAAGGCUCAGAACCUCUUGAAAAACAGAAUUACUCACCUGUUGUUCGAGAUGCAGUGAUUGCAUCCAAUGGCUCACUGACACCUAAGUAUCAAUAUAUCCAGAAACUGAGAGAGAGCAGGGAACAGGCUCAGUCGCUAAAGAUGGGUGAUAAGAAGAGGGUUUUAUUGCUUGGAUCAGGCUAUGUUUCUGGCCCUGUACUUGAAUAUCUCACUAGAGAUUCCAACAUUGGCAUCACAGUUGUAUCUGUCAUGAAGGAGCAACUUGAGCAACUGACAAAAAAAUACAGCAGUGUUACUUCAGUUCAUAUGGAUGUCCUUAAGCACGAGGAAGAGCUGUCCUCUCUGGUGAAGAAACAUGACCUCGUGAUCAGUUUGCUACCUUAUUCAGCACAUCCUUUUGUUGCUAAGAAAUGUAUUGAGAACAAAGUGAACUUGGUAACAGCCAGCUACUUAACACCAGCUAUGAAAGAACUCCAGGAGAGUGUAGAAGCUGCUGGUAUUACAGUUGUCAGUGAAAUGGGUUUGGAUCCUGGUCUUGACCAUAUGUUGGCAAUGGAAUGCAUUGACAAGGCAAAAGAAGUUGGUGCUACGGUUAUAUCCUACACUUCUUUCUGCGGUGGCCUGCCAGCUCCGGAGCACUCUGACAAUCCUCUGAGAUACAAGUUCAGCUGGAGUCCACAAGGAGUGUUGCUGAAUACAGUUCAGUCUGCCACAUAUUUAAAAGAUGGAGAGAUUAUCAAUAUUCCAGCUGGAGGAGCAUUACUGGAUUCUGUCACUCCAAUGGAUUUUUUCCCAGGAUUAAAUCUUGAAGGUUUUCCUAACAGAGAUAGUACAAAAUAUGCUGAGCCAUAUGGUAUUCAGACAGCUCGCACUUUAUUGAGAGGCACCUUAAGAUACAAAGGAUACUCCAAAACUAUGGGAGGCUUUGUAAAACUAGGAUUAAUUAACCCAGAUCCUUACCCUUUGCUAAGCUCAACCACACCACCUCUAACCUGGAAAGAGCUCAUGUGCAAACUGGUUGGAAUUAAGUCUCCUGUUGAGCACCAUGUUCUUAAAGAAGCUGUAUUUAGCAAACUGGAAAAGGACAAAAGUCAGCUGGAGGCAGUAGAAUGGCUAGGUUUAUUGGGAGAUGAACAAGUUCCAGCAGCAGAUUCCAUUGUGGGGGCUCUUGCAAAGCAUAUGGAGAUGAAGUUGCCCUUUGGUACUGGAGAGAGAGAUAUGAUUAUUAUGAGAAAUGAAAUAGGUCUCAGGCAUCCUUCUGGUCAUUUGGAAGACAAAUUUGUUGAUCUGGUUGUCUAUGGAGAUAACAAAGGACAUUCUGCAAUGGCUAAAACAGUAGGAUACCCCACGGCUAUUGCUGCGAAGAUGGUUCUAGAUGGCACAGUGACAAUGGUGUUAAGUGACAAUUCAACAGAUCAUGAAAGAUCAAGGUCCAUCCUGAAGUGGAAAACUAAGGUAACUACUUUAGGGUCUACCUGGAGCACAAAUUUAUUCCUGAUAAAUUAAAACCUUAGUUUACAUGACAUAAUACAGAUUUUAUGAUCAUGGCAGCAGCUCUGCACAUUUUGAAUAUCACCACUUGAUAACCACAAAAUAGGUUUUCACAGGAAAUUCUUUGUUUUGGAAUAGGCAGCAGGUCCACUACAGCACCUCUGGAAGACAGUUUUGAAUAACUCAUGCAGAAACUAAGAUGUUAGUGGUUCAGUAAUGUUGCUCUAAGAUCUAGAGCUAAUAAUGUCACAUAUAGGGAAAAAAUGCACACAUUUUGCCUAUUACUUACAAUGUCUGUAAAGACUCCAGGCCUCAUCAAAUUUAUCAUCUUUGCUACAUGGUAAACAUCCACUGAAUUCUCAUUUUCCAGUUGAUGCAUCAGAGUUGUCAAUGCACAGAAAGUUCCUGCUGUCACCCCUCCAUGCCUUUGUAAAGUAAAGCAAAACAAAACAAAACAGACAUUCAGUGUCUCUAGACACUGAAUCAAGUUUUACAGAUGGAGAAAAUACAAAAUCCAGGGUAAACAGAUAAAAUGAAUUUCUGUCAUGUGAUCUUUGCAAUUUCUGAAAUAGGUCUGCCCAGCAGUGGCUUAACAAAACUUUCAUGGCACCUGGCUACAACUUCUUAGAGUUAUUUUUCUACAAUCCCCUUCUAACCAAAUCUUGAAGGCCUUGGGUCCUUCAGUAUUUCAACAUUUCAGUAUUUUUUGUCAUUAUUGAACAGUUGGAGAAAGGUAAGGUGCCUCAUCUAAACAGCCUUACUUCUUUUAGUAAGAAAAUGAGGUCCUGACUGAUUUCCUUUCCAAUGUCCUACCUGAUAACUAUCCAAAGUAUGGCAAUAAUAAAAUUGAAAUGAAGUAUGAUACAAUAAAAAUGUUUCUCUUUUUGAUGCAGCUGAAACAGAAGCAGCAGCACUGCUGUUAAGUGCAGACUUCAUGCCUUGUUUCAGCAGCUUUCACUCUAAAUGAGGUGAAAUGAUGGUUCUACAGAAAAACAUCAAAACAAACAGAAAGCUGCAGUUCUUACUCAUCAUGUACAAUCAUGGGCCCAUCACGGUUGGAAGUUUCCUCUUUGAUGAUGCUGAUCAGUUCAAAAGUUUUACUAAUAGGACUAUCAGGAUUUGGCCAUUUUGGACACUGAAAAUGCCUCACUUCAAGCACAUAGUCAUCCUAAACGAGAAAAAAAAAUCCAAACAUAAAUCAAUUUUGUAAACUAUUGUCUUUAUUCUUUUCCUUCACCCUGGUCAAGACUGGCUCCAGCCUCCAGAUACAGAAUCCCACUGCUGUGGAAGUUGGAAUAUGCUAUUCCCCAUGUGAUCAUAUUACCUACAGAGGUUACUUCCCCCAGGGGUGUUCCUAGGGCAUGGGUUUUUAUCACUCAUUUACCAUAGAAAAUGUAACAAAAUGUAGGCAUUAUCUUUAACAAAUCAAGUUAUAUGUUUAUGACAGUGUUACCUGUGUAGCUUCUAAAAUAAAGUCUUGGAUUAUGAGCUUCUCCUCAUUAGACAGACACUUGUGUUCUUCAGCAAUCAUAGUGACUUUGAAACUCUCACAGUUUAUAGGCUCAUCUUUGUUUGGCCAGUAUACAAAUUCAUCUUCAGCCUCCAGAAAAAAAAAAAAAAAAAAGGAGACAUAAAGAUAAGUAAUGUUGAGCUCUUAAAAUACAAAAUCCAUCAUAAUAAAUACUAUGUCAUAUAUUAUCAAUCCAGCCAACUAGAUUUAAACCGACAAAUCAAAACUUGAUCAGGAUUACAAUCAUGGCAAGUGAUGGUUUUCAGACAUCUCUGUAGUGAUCCUGACCAAAGACCACUGUACCCUGUGGAUCCACAUAGCAGUCAACUUGCUGUGCUACACUGUGCCAUGCAUCCAGCCUGGCCUUCAGGCUGUCCUGUGCUUUGCUGUGCAGUGCACAGGCCAUGGCCACAGGAUAAACUUAGCUGGUAUAUUGUAACAUAGGAGCCUGCAGGCAGCACUUGAGUGGUCUUGGGAUUAUCUGAAAGUACAGACCGAAGUUCUCAUAAGAGCAUCCUUUCUGUUUGACAGCAGAAAUGAUGAAAAGAGUUGUUUUUUAUUUAAGAAAAUCCUGUAAUAGUCUGAAUGACCAAAAUGGUCAGAUGGAUAGGGAAACCUCCCUGCCAUGUGUCCUGUCUGCCUGUCAGAUGUGUUUCAGGGAGGGUAGAGUAGGAUUCCAGUCGAGGUGAAUGCAGAGCUCAGAAAGACCACAGUUGUAUGCUAGGUUGAUACCACUGCUCCCUGGUCAAGCUGGCAGGGCUUCAGUGCCCUUCCUGCACACUCUUCUGCAUGAACUGCCACCCCAGGCCCUGUGUGCCCACGCUGCUGGCAGCGGUCCUGGCCACUCAUGCUCCCCAGGGGCUUCUUUCAUAUGUGAGGGAAUGCUUGGCCACCAUUGCUCCUGGCUCUCGUGCCAAUCACAAUCUGCCCAGAUAAGGAUCCCUAGAUUUACACUAGAUUGUUUGGGGAUUUUACACUCAAUUCAAUAUUGCUAAUUUUUAAUUGGUUUUUUUUUCAAAAUCCAAGUUGUUUUCUCAUGUCUUGCAUAUUUCAAAAUGGUAAUACUAGUAAAAUUCACACAUAAACCCAUAACCAUCAGCCACAAAACUCACCAUAUUCUGGCUAUCAGGAAGCAUGACUAUUAGCUGGGCAUUAUGGUCCCAUAUCAUUCUCCAGAAAUCCUUGAUAGUGUGUAGUAAGGGAUGCUGGGUAAUGAUGAAUUCAUUACUUUGAUAAUAACCCUGCAAAAAAUAAAAAAUCAACAGGCUCAGAAUUGAUGCCCAACUAUUAAUGCUUAAAGGAAGCUUCUAGUGGACCAGAAGUCUAGAAAAUACAUUGCACAAUUGUGUCUUCUUUGGCUUCCUGCAAAUAUUAGAAAAAAAAAAAAAUCCAUUGCAGUGUUUUCCACAUGAAAGGAAUAAAUUCAAUUACACUGAAAUAAUUUUUAAAACCUAAAAAAAAUAUAAAAAAAAGGAUAAAAGAGACAGAGGAGACUCGAAUGGCCAACUCAGAGGAGCUGACUACCUGAAACAAAUAUAAGAAUACAUGAAAGAUCUGCAAAAAUUCCAAGCAGUUUCUUAAUUUGUACAGAUGUCUCAAAUGAACUUCUUACCACAAAAGAGAGUUCCUUUGCAUUAAUGCACCUGAUGAAGGAUCAUGUACAUAUACCACUGCAGAGAGCUUUCCCAUCUCUUUCCUGAAUGUCCAGGAGGCAUUAACUCCUCCCUCUCACCUAAUGAAGGGCAAAAUGUUGAAGAAAACCCACAGAACAAAAGAUAAUGGAAAGCUGAUGAGCUAUGGUGUCUUGGGCUAUGCUAGUUGCAAAGGCUCUGUAAGAUGAGCAGGUAGGAAGGCAAAUCACAGUACAGCCAUUAAAAACUAACUUGUUAGUUAACACUUUUAGUUUAUCUCACAAGAUCCUUCCAUAGGUGGCAUUUAGCUUUACCAGGUUUUAAAACUAUGAUGGGAUUUCUAUUUCUACAGAUUGUUAAAAUGCAAUGCACUUAACCAAACUUAAACCCAGUAAUAAUGGUAAUAGUAUUUCUUGGGGGAAGUAACUCUUUUAGGCAGAGUGAAUAAUGGAAGAAAGGAGCUUUCAAAAUCAGGAUUGUGCCACCCUAACUCAGACACAUGGCAGCUCUGAAAACAGCUAUGCAUUAUUUUUCACCAAUAUGUUAACUGACUUACCAUAAUAUAGGAAGCAUUGAUGUAGUCUGUCCCUUCACCAGACAGUGAUGAGAUACCCACUCUAGAUCUUUCCACUGUAAAAAAAAGUUAUGAAUCAGUAAGUAUGUUGCAAUGACUCUUAUAACAUUACAGCGAUUAUUUCACAUAUCUCACAGUGAUAAUAACACUAAGCUCCAUCAAUCUUCAUCACUGAAGUGCUAUCCAGCCAUCUAUUUUGUUUUUCUAUGUGUAAUUCCUAAAUCACUUCUUCAUUAUAAGUACUUUACAGAACAUUGUUCCACACAAAUGCAAAUGUCUUCAGUUCUUGUUGAGGAAAUUUUGAAGGUUUGACACACGAGGUUCAUAAACAUUUUGCCACCCAGAGAAGACAAUUUGAACAAACUUACCAGGAAUGAUAGAUGAAGUUCGGUUCUUUUCUCUGUUACACUGUUUGAGUGCAGUUGAAUAAUCACACUGCUGUGUGUUAGACUGGCUCAGUAGCUGAAACAAUGAAAUGUAAAAGAACUCAGGUAACUAGAUAAAAGCCAUUCUUUCACAAGUUGCACUAAACAGAAGGGUGCACAUAUUGCAGGUUCAGUGUCUCUCUUAACUUUAGGUAUUGUGAUAAAUAAUUGUGAUUCGUGAAACAAAUGGGUGAUUACAUCAAAAUAAAACAAGCGGAUUGUAAAACUUAAUUACACUCCCAUAAAGAAAUAAAACAGACCCUUACAAGGUCAAGGGGCCCUAAAACCUCCCUACUAUCCUAAGAAUAAAAUAUGGUAGAACUUUAAAUCUUUUAGGCGCCUGUUUGUCCAAGAAUGCAUGAAUUAUGACUGGUUGUAAAGAUAACCAUUUAGCUUUAGCUGUAAGAAAACCCAUAUAUUAAAUACUUAGCAAAAAACUGUAAAAUGUAUAUGUAUAUGAUAUAAUUAAUAUGCAAGAAGUAGCUAAGAUAAAUGCCAAAUGUACACUGUAGUAAGGGUGCAGAUUUGGGAAACUUGUCCCCACUUCUGUCACCCAGCCGGCUGCUUGCUUUUACCAUAUAAUAAACUCCUAUUCAAAAACUUAUAGAAACUUGAGACUUUGUUUAUCACAGGUAUCUAGUUAUCUGGCUAAACAACUUAGAAAGUCAUCAGAAUUUUUUUCUUCACUGUUCUUAGCAGUUCAAAUGACUCUUGAAUCUUAGAUCAAUGAAAAUGUCUUUGAAGGUGGAGUCUGUCUUUAACCAGUGAUGUACACUGAGGGGAAUACACUGAUUGAUCAAUAUAGCUCAUGACAUUAUUGCUACAAUGACAUCGUUCCAGACUGUUGUUUUGCCUUUAAGAUCUUCCUGCAAAGGUACAUAGUUAGAUCUUCCAAAAUCUACUUAUUGGCCUACUUUUUUUUUUGUAGAUCCUUUGUUUAAGAGUAAGCAAAUAAUUCUUCUGUCACAACUGACUGCAUGCAUUUGUUAAAUUAAUCUGAAUUUAGGUUCGGCAGCUAAUGAAAGUUGUGUUCAGAAAGCUAAUGGAAGUUGUGUUGAGAUACCUACUUUUAAGUAAUUCAGGCUUGCAAACAUAAAGAUUUUUGUGUUACUAUCUCAGAGAGCUCACCUUGAAUUGUUUCUCCAGUCUGGUCUUUCCUGUUGGUCCAGGUAUCAAGAGAGCAUUAACAUAGGCAUGAAUGUGGGUCUCAAGGACUUCUGUUUCUUUACUGAGUAUUGCUUCAACCAAUGCAUCGUGAAUGAAGAUGUAUUGCUCCUAGGAAAAGGAAACCAAACGUGAGCUCUCAUCAUUUUCAGAUUCCCCUGGUUACCUCUGGUUAAGCUGCCACUUCUGAUGUGGUCAGUGUUUCUUCACGGGGGAGCUUUCUCAAAUGUUAUCCCCUAGAGUGAUAACUGUCCCUUUGCAGUGACAGUACACAUUUAAAAGCACAACUGACAAUUACACUUGCAAUAUAUAUGUAUACGCAUAGAUAUAUCAUAUAAUACAGUACCAAAUCCCCACCACCUGUGAUAUCUCAUGUUAACAGAACAGAAUUAAAAAUGCAAGCAUAGCCUUGAGUCAAAUUUUCAAGUCAGUCCUACCCCUAGUUUCUAUAGCUAUCCUCUGUUUCCUCUCUCACAUCCUUUGGAACAGGUGUCCUACCUGUUGAUUACCUUUUAUUCUAUUGAAAGGCACUGGGGAAUCUAACCACCUGUUCUUGAAACCUGAAGCAGACUUUCAAAUGCCCUGCUGUUGCCCUAAUUGUUUUCUCUUGGUCUUUCACUGUUCUAUAUAUAAUCUUCAGUUUAAAGCAUCUAUAGAUAAUUUUCUGUCUAAAACAGCUUUUGUCCUAUGUUUUAUUCCCUAAUAUAAACUGUUUGAUGAACACCUGACAAUGGUGUUUCCUUAAAAAACUCCAUGGCAAAAAUGCAAGUCCUGCCAAGAAAGCACUACUUCAAGAAGCAUGAUUUAUAUAGACUUCCUUCUGAGUCCUUCCUGAUAAACAGACAAGAACCAACAGAUAGGUAAUUUCUAGUGCAUUGCUCUAAGCAAGCCUAGAAGGAUGUCUCUACAAAAGCAUGGGAAACAAACGGGAAAAUCCAGUCUGGUGACUGGUUGCCAGUCUGUCUGGUGGUGCCAAAAAGAAGACUGCAUCAUCUCUCCUUCUGCAAACAGAAAUAGUUUGUAAUAAUCUCACGCUAUUUAUAUUUCAUUCUUACCUCAGUCUGCACCAAGUAGUUCCUUUGGGUACGUAUGUGUUUUAAGAAUCCAAAUAUGUUGAUUGUCCCUUCAUGCUGAAUUUGCUGCAGCAUGCUGUCUAACACUAUGUAUGUGCCUGUCCUUCCAACGCCAGCACUAUAAAACAAAAAAAUAGUCUUGAGCCUGAAGUAAAACACUAAUGAAAAGAACUGGUCCUUACACAUAGUUUUUUCAACAAACUGCUGCGUAGGGAAGAUUUUCCUUUACAAAUGAAUUUAUUUUGGUCUAUAGAUACUCUGUGAAAACUUCAAGGCUGAUAAUAAUAUUUUUCACUGUGCAAGAACAGGUCUAAAGAUAAUUUUCUCAAAUGAUGUUUAAACUAUUGGUUGAAAUAGAAUGAAGUGGUUUCCUGCAGGUCUGCAAUUUUCAAGCUUCUGAUAUUCCUUAGGAUACUUUGUCAAGUAUACCUAGAAAGUGUGGCAUAUGUCAGCAUUUGGGCACAUUAAUGUGCUCAAAUUCUUCUAUGCUGAAACCACAAUUUAAAAGGAAAGUUGCAUUAUGCCUCCCAUUACAAAUAAAGGAGAUUUCAAAGAUCUGGACUGAAGAAAACCCCAGGGAAUGGAAGAGCUGCUGAGUAUAUCUGUAAAAGGAUAAAGCCUAAGUGCUCUCCAGAUACAGCUAAGAGAUGGCAAGCAAUAGUUUAAAGUCUUCUUAAAAAGGUAAAAUGGAAAAGAAAGGGUUAAUAAACUUAUUCCUGUUAUGAACUCUGAUUGAUUUAGCAUAAAACCAGCUGUAUUGUAAGAUUAAAACCCACCUUUUACUUUCAUAAAAUAUCUGGGUAGGAAUUACAAGGUCAAGAGGUCAGUUUUUGUGAUCUAUUCAUAUGUGGGAAUUAGUCAAUUGUAAUUCUCCUCUAAGUUAUGAAUGAGUGUUACGUAUACUGGUACACGUAACUUGAGAGCAGCACUGUGCUGAGUCUGCAUGGUUCCUUACAGGCAGAUCCAAGCUCACUCCAUACAUGCUAAUUCAAUCAUCUCAUUUCUUCCACAGAUGCAGCACAUAGCAUAGGUAGGGUAAGCUCAAAUUGCAGUAUUGAACUGUCUAAAUAAACAUUAUAUGAAACUGGAAGGUCCAGGUUAUUAAUACACUGUUAGGCACAAAGAUUACCAGAUACCAUCCGUACUUGUUAUGAAAGAAAAAACAUGGAGAGCACUAAAACAUAAAAAUAGCUAAAAUAAGUUUAAUGAAGCUCAUCAUCUGUGUCUUUAAUAGAGCCUGUAAAGAUAAACAAAAGUUACAUUUCUAACAUGAGAUCACUCCUUUGAAAUUCCAUAGUGCAUGGGAUCAGGUUAGCUAAAAGCUGUACAGACGGAGAUGAAUUACACCUAUGACCCAGUGGAGAGGUCUGACUGAAGCCACACAACUUACCAAUGUUCAUUUUUUAAAAACUCAAUUUAAUUGACUCAUAAUGUAUUGCUGAUCUCUCAGCAAUCUCAGACUUGACAUUUUGGGCUAUUUUGGAUUUCACAUGAAAAAGCAGGAUGUAGAUAGCAGCAGAACAACAAAAUGUGGAAUUUUCAUUUUCCAAGCUAAAAACAGAUUUCAGUCAGAUUAGAUCAUACCACAAAUAAAAUAUCUUCAUUUGCAGCAUUUGUGAGGAGACUUUACCUGUUGGCUUCCUCAGAGUCAGCUCCAGAAGGACACAAUUCAUGAGGAGGUUCUCUUUCCAAAUGUUCCAUCAAAGGUGAGGUACUACAGUGGAAAACCAGAACCUGCUUAUAUAUUUUACAAUAACCUGGUCCUUCACGGGUAUUGUGAAGUCAUUCCAGGACCUACAAACCCUUUUUAACCAAUUCUCCCUGAGCUUCCAGUUUUAGUGAGCACUGACAGGACACCUGCCUGCACACUGCAGCACAUGCAGACCUCAAACCAUUCCCCAGAAUGCUCCUCCAAUGACUGCUACAGCCCAAAGUAAUGUUAAAAACAGCAGAGUUGUAGUUCAGACAGGAAUACAGUGAGUCUUCUCUUGUGGACAGAGCUCCUCUUAGGAUUACAGACUAUCCGUGCACCAAAGAAAGCAUGAGCCAAAAGCAUCCUAACAAUGUAUUUCCAGAAAGGUAACAAUUUUUGCUAUAUAUGUAUCUGGUAAGCUUAUAGCAUUCAAGAGAGUAGUAUAGUAAUGUGCAAAAAAGUAAAAGCAUUUUUGCAAGAAAAAAAAGAAUACAGUGCAGAGCAGCCUCAUCUUGUUUACAGAGAUUUAUGGAAGUGGCACA